AUGUUAGGUCGUAUUAGCAAGAACCUGGUCAUAAAAGGUAUGAAGCCAAAUAGGCUCACCACAUUGCCCUUCAGAGGAAUUAAGCUGCAUGAGUACCAGGCUGCACAACUUCUGAGCAAAUAUGAUGUUCCAGUUCCACAUGGAGAAGUUGCAUUCAGCCCUGCUGAUGCUAGGACUGUUGCACAGUCCAUUCAAGAGAGGACCAACGGAGGUUCCGUUGUUAAAGCCCAGAUCCUAGGAGGAGGAAGAGGAAGAGGUUUCUUCAAAGAGAACCAAUUCAGAGGUGGAGUACAUAUUGCCAAAACACCAGAAGAAGCUGAGACUCUUUCUAAGGAAAUGAUCGGAUACUCCCUCGUGACCAAGCAGUCAGGAGAGGAAGGACUCAGAUGUAAUUCGGUGUAUCUAGUCGAACUCCUAGAUAUCAUGAAAGAGAUGUACCUUGCUUUCGCACUUGAUAGGGAAACCUCAUCACCAGUCUUGGUUUAUUCUCCAGCAGGUGGUAUGGCUAUUGAAGAUGUUGCUGAAAAGACUCCAGAGCUGAUCUUCAAAGCUUAUAUUAAUGAAAGCUCAGGAUUCACAGAUGACCAGAUUGAGGAGAUAGUCAAGAAUUUAGGAUUAGAAGAUCACCAUGACUCUGCUGCUAAGACCGUUCAGAACUUAUACAAAUGAUUCCACAGCUGUGACUCUGAUAUGGUUGAGAUCAAUCCUAUGGUAUUAGAUGCUAAAAAAGGAGUUCUCUGUGCUGACUCCAAAGUCACCAUUGACGACAAUGCUGCCUUCAGACAGAAAGAACUUGCUGAGCAAGAGGACAAAUCUUCUGAGACUCCAAAUGAAAUCAUUGCUGAUAAAUACGACCUCAACUACAUUCCAAUCGGAGGAGAUAUUGGGUGCUUGGUCAAUGGCGCAGGACUUGCCAUGGCUACCAUGGACAUCCUCUCACUUCACGAAGGAAAGGCAGCCAACUUCCUCGAUGUUGGAGGUAGCGCAGCUGGAGAUCAGAUGAUUGCUGCAGUCAAUCUUCUGUGCAAUGACGAUACCGUAAAUGCCGUUUAUAUUAACAUCUUUGGAGGUAUUUUAAGAUGUGAUCUACUGGUCAAGUCUAUCAUUGACGCUAAUGCUGAGAAGUCAUUCUCAAAGCCAAUCAUCUUGAGACUGAACGGUAACAAAGCUAAGGAAGCUAAGGAAUUGAUUGCUGGUAAGGAAGAAGAGCUGGGUAUUCAUUUCGAAGCCGACUUCGAUAAAUCUGCUAAAUUAGCUGUCAAGAUCGCAGCUGAAGAAGCAUCAAAGAGGGAUUAAGUCCUAAAUCUUUGCAUUCAAUCAACGUU